UUCCAGCUGCUUGCAGUAAAAUUUUUGUUUUGUGAGAAAAUGGAAAUCCAUGUUGGGAAAAGCUCCUAUUUUAAAUAAUUCUGUGAAUUCAAAUGCCUUAGUGAAUUUCAGCAUGUUGGAUGAAGUUUGUGAUAAAAAUUAGUGAUAACAAAAUAAAUAAAAUACUUAAUUAUAAAUAAAAAAGACUUUUUACCAUUUUUACUCAAAGAAAAUAAAAAUAUGAAGAAUAUGGACUUUGUUGAUAUACUAAAACCACGAAACACUCAAUUUGGAAUUAUAAAUUUUAUGACAAAACCAUGGGAACCAAAGAAAACUAUGUCCUUGGAUGUGAAAUGCGACCCUAGGUUGUUAAAGAAAAUUGUGCUUUCUUCUACUUACAUUGACUCAUUUAUUGAUGCAGAAAGCAGAAAAGUAGGUAUACCUAAACAACAAUUAAAAAAUGAAGUUAUUAACUAUUUAGAUGAAAUUGCUAUGGAUAAAAAAUUACACAUUAUUCGUUGGAUGGGAAUUGUCUUCCUCAAGAUAUCAUUUAUGAUGAAGAUUGGAAUGUUUGUCAAUGAGCCUGCUGUUCUUAAGCUAAAGGAAUCACUGGGCAAAAAUCCUGUACUUUUUCUUCCUACUCACCGAAGCUAUGCCGACUUCUGUUUGCUGACCUACUUGUGUUUCCACUACGAUAUAGAGCUGCCAGCUGUGGCUGCUGGAAUGGACUUUUAUUCGAUGGCGGUUGUGGGUAAGAGCAUGCGGGAGACGGGCGCGUUCUACAUGCGGCGCACGCUGGUCGGCGCGCCGCUGUACGCAGCGACGCUGCGCCACUACGUGCGAACACUCGUAGCUAAACACAACGCCCCCGUUGAGUUCUUCCUCGAGGGAACCAGAAGCAGGAGUAAUAAGAGCAUGGCGCCCAAGUAUGGUAUGUUGUCUAUGUGUCUGCUGCCGUACUUCGCGCGGGAGGUGAUGGACAUGACAAUAGUGCCGAUAAAUAUCAGCUACGACCGACUCGUGGAGCAGAGUCUGUUCGCCUACGAGCACCUGGGCGUGCCCAAACCCAAGGAGACGACUGGUGGUCUCCUAAAAUCGCUCGGGAAACUGAACGACAAUUUUGGCAAUAUAUACGUUCAAUUCGGCGAGACGAUAUCCCUCAACGCGUACCUCGGCGACCAGGGCCUGACUCCCGCCAGCCUGCUGCCCCUCGACUUGCUCACCCUCGCCGCGGACCAAAAGAAAAAAGUACAGAAAGUGGCGGAGUACGCUGUGAGUCUGCAGCAAAGUAACACGGUGGUCACCAUCACGAAUUUACUAGCUAUAGUGUUGAUGGACAGUCUGAUUAAAAACGAGGCUCUAACUUUGGACGACGCGUUCAGAGAAGUGGAGGGACUCAUAGAUAUGUUGAGGAGUUUAGGUGCGAGAGUCUACGAGACGGACGUGAGAAGGAGCGUCCACAGGAUUUUGGUGGUCCACAGAAGUUUGAUGGCGGUACAAGGGAACAAAUUGCGCCUGAUUGCCGGCGACCCGAUGACGUUCAGUCCAGAAGUCCGGAAAAAGAUGAAAGGGCACAGUCUGGGGAGCGAGACGAUAGUAAGCGCAGUGCCUGUGAUCCAGCUGCAGCUGUAUGUGAACCCCGUGCUGCACUACCUCGUCCCGCCCGCCCUGCUCUACCUGCUGGCCAGCCGGGGACCUGCUCAUGCAGAAAAUAUUAUAUACAACGAGUACAAAGAAAUAAGAGCACUGCUUCGCUACGAAUUUUUUUACGUCAAGGAACAAGAAGAAAUUGAGUUCGAGGCGGCACAGGAGUACUGCACUCGCAAUGGACUGUUACAUGAGAGUGCGGGCGUACAUGCGGGCACGGACGCUCGUGCGGGCGUGUGUGCGGGUGCGCUGUGUUGGGUGGCGUUACCCGCACUGUGCACGCUACAGAUCGCUGCACAACUAUUGUCAGAACAGCGAGUAUGGCCGCACAAGGAGGCGCUGAGGCUGGUUCAGGCGCGGGCGGAGGCGUCGCGCGCUCAUCCCUACUGCCUCAGUCUGGAGGCGGCCGCCAACUGCCUUCGCGGACUCCUCGAUGUCGGCGUACUUACCCAGACUGACAGUCAAGAAGAAACGUACGAAGUCCACCCAACAAAACUACAGGAGACUUUAGAUUUAGUGAACUCCGUAAUACCAAAACUUAGUUUAGAUUUUGGAGCUAACAAUUCCGUUAUAGUCAGCCAUAAAACAGUUAGUUCUAAAUUGUGAAACACCUCCUGCUGUUAUUGAAAUGAGCCAUUUACUAGCGAUCUGCACUCGUGCUAUAGAAACGCGCCUUUACUUUACAUGCAGUGUUUUUUAAGACUUAGCAGAAUGAAUACACUCCUGAAUUCAAGCAACAUUUUGUUAAAUAUAAUCUUUUUUGUUGUUUGUAUUCAGAAGAGUAUUUAUUCGACAAAUUCUUGAAACGUAGUAAAAAAACAAUAUGUAUAUUGUAUAGUCGAACUGUGACAAGGUAAGUAUUAAUAUUGUUGUGCCAUUAAUUUUAUGACUAUUCACUAUUGUUUUAAAGUAUUAUUUUUAUUAGUAUCAAUACCCCGAUUUUGCUAUUUUAACCCAACAUCAAUAUUCAAUGCCGUUUUUGCAGAAGCAUCGCGCGUUUGAGCCGGGCCGCACAUUGUACGACAUUUCUGAUCAGAAACAGUUGAACGUCCGCGCUGUCUCUUACAUUUUGUA